UAUGUUUGACAUGGCUGUUCUAUGCAGUGUCUCAAUCAGUAGAAGAUGCAACCUGUUUCGUUAUACCGGGAUGACCUCCUAGUCAAAUUUAAGAUAUUAAGUCAUUGUCCAAACAAUCACGGUUUUUGUUCUAAGUAACAUUAAUCCCUGCUAAUGUUUGACUUGCCUACAUGUCAUUGAACUCACUCUGUCACAAAUGGGGGGCCAUGCCUUAUGAAAUUAUUGGUGUAUGAAUGAACAUUAACUGCCUAUAAAGACUCCACUCCAUUUUUUUUGUAUCAGGAAACUGCCAUUGAAUAUUCUACCAUAUUCCACAUUGAUGUUGUCCCUAAAGAUUAGUUUGACUAUAGGCAUAGUCCUUUCCAUUGUAUCCAUAGUUUCCCAUGCUGAAACAAGCUUGGAUGUUGAAAUUCAAGCAUUGAAAGCUUUCAAGAACUCCAUCACUGGUGACCCAAGUGGGGCUCUUGCAGAUUGGGUUGACAGUCACCACCACUGCAACUGGUCUGGCAUUGCAUGUGAUCCAUCUUCAAGUCAUGUCAUUUCAAUUUCCCUGGUUAGUCUUCAGCUCCAAGGGGAGAUUUCACCUUUCCUUGGAAACAUUUCAGGCCUUCAGGUUCUUGAUUUAACUUCAAACUCAUUCACUGGCUACAUUCCUGCUCAGCUCAGUUUUUGCACUCAUCUUUCUACACUAUCUCUUUUUGAAAAUUCUCUCUCAGGUCCUAUUCCUCCUGAAUUAGGAAAUCUUAAAAGCCUGCAGUAUUUGGAUUUAGGUAACAAUUUCUUGAAUGGAAGCCUCCCUGACAGCAUAUUCAACUGCACUUCUUUGUUGGGAAUUGCUUUUACUUUCAACAACCUUACUGGCAGAAUCCCAUCAAACAUUGGGAAUCUAGUUAAUGCUACACAGAUUUUAGGUUAUGGAAAUAACUUGGUAGGGUCUAUACCUCUUUCCAUAGGUCAGUUAGGAGCUUUGCGAGCUCUUGAUUUUAGCCAGAACAAGUUAUCAGGUGUAAUACCUCGAGAGAUUGGAAAUCUGACAAAUUUAGAAUACCUUCUAUUGUUCCAAAAUUCCUUGAGUGGGAAAAUCCCUUCCGAGAUUGCUAAGUGUAGCAAGCUUUUAAACCUUGAGUUUUAUGAAAAUCAGUUUAUUGGAAGUAUUCCUCCUGAGCUAGGAAAUUUAGUUCGGUUGGAGACUCUGAGGUUAUAUCACAAUAAUUUGAAUUCCACCAUUCCAUCUUCCAUUUUCCAGUUGAAAUCGUUAACACAUUUAGGACUCUCAGAGAAUAUAUUGGAGGGAACAAUAUCUUCUGAGAUUGGAUCUCUGAGUUCCUUACAGGUUCUAACCCUGCAUUCAAAUGCUUUUACUGGGAAGAUCCCUUCAUCAAUAACAAACUUGACAAACUUGACAUAUCUGUCAAUGAGCCAGAAUCUCCUUUCAGGUGAACUUCCUCCAAACUUGGGUGUGCUUCAUAAUUUGAAGUUUCUUGUUUUGAACUCCAACAACUUUCAUGGAUCCAUUCCCUCUAGCAUUACCAAUAUUACUAGUCUUGUAAAUGUAAGUUUGUCUUUUAAUGCUUUAACUGGGAAAAUUCCUGAGGGUUUUUCAAGGUCGCCUAAUCUUACUUUCCUGUCUCUUACAUCCAACAAAAUGACUGGGGAAAUCCCAGAUGACCUCUAUAACUGCUCAAAUCUUAGCACUCUAAGUUUGGCAAUGAACAACUUCAGUGGAUUGAUAAAAUCAGGUAUCCAGAACCUGUCUAAACUCAUACGCCUGCAGCUGAAUGCAAAUUCUUUCAUAGGACCAAUUCCACCAGAGAUUGGAAACUUGAAUCAACUCGUCACUUUAUCCCUUUCAGAAAAUAGGUUUUCAGGUCAAAUUCCUCCAGAACUGUCCAAACUUUCUCACCUUCAGGGGCUCUCUCUAUAUGCAAAUGUAUUAGAAGGUCCAAUACCUGAUAAGCUCUCUGAAUUAAAAGAACUAACUGAACUUAUGCUGCAUCAAAACAAGUUGGUUGGUCAAAUACCUGAUUCUCUCUCAAAGCUUGAGAUGCUUUCAUUCUUAGACCUUCACGGCAACAAACUUGAUGGGUCCAUUCCAAGAAGCAUGGGGAAGCUUAAUCAGCUUUUAUCAUUGGAUCUCUCUCACAACCAGCUCACAGGAUCAAUUCCCAGAGAUGUCAUUGCACACUUCAAAGACAUGCAGAUGUAUCUUAACCUUUCUUACAACCACUUGGUUGGAAGUGUUCCAACUGAGUUGGGCAUGUUGGGAAUGAUACAAGCUAUUGAUAUUUCAAACAAUAAUCUUUCAGGUUUCAUUCCCAAAACACUUGCUGGAUGCAGAAAUCUGUUCAAUCUUGAUUUUUCAGGAAACAAUAUUUCAGGUCCUAUUCCUGCAGAAGCUUUUAGUCACAUGGACUUGCUUGAAAACUUAAACCUCUCAAGUAAUCAUCUAGAAGGUGAAAUCCCUGAAAUAUUAGCAGAACUUGAUCAUCUUAGUUCCCUAGAUCUUUCUCAGAAUGACUUGAAGGGAACUAUUCCUGAGCGCUUUUCCAACCUUUCCAACUUGGUGCAUCUCAACCUUUCCUUCAAUCAACUUGAAGGUCCUGUACCCAAUUCCGGAAUUUUUGCACACAUCAAUGCAUCUAGUAUGGUAGGAAACCAGGAUCUUUGUGGAGCUAAGUUCCUAUCACAAUGCAGAGAAACAAAACAUUCACUAUCCAAGAAGAGCAUAUCUAUUAUUGCUUCACUUGGAUCACUUGCUAUACUGCUAUUACUAGUGUUGGUGAUUCUAAUUCUCAAUAGAGGUAUCAAACUCUGCAAUUCUAAAGAAAGGGAUAUUAGUGCGAAUCAUGGACCAGAAUACAGUUCAGCAUUGCCACUUAAAAGGUUCAAUCCAAAGGAGUUGGAGAUUGCCACUGGUUUUUUCAGUGCAGACAGCAUCAUUGGUUCUAGCAGUUUGAGCACAGUUUACAAAGGUCAAAUGGAAGAUGGCCAGGUUGUAGCCAUAAAAAGAUUGAAUCUGCAACAAUUCUCUGCAAAUACUGACAAGAUCUUCAAGAGAGAAGCCAACACCUUGAGCCAGAUGAGACAUAGGAAUUUGGUCAAGGUACUUGGAUAUGCCUGGGAGAGUGGGAAAAUGAAGGCUUUGGUUCUAGAGUACAUGGAGAAUGGGAAUUUGGAUAGCAUCAUACACGGCAAAGGGGUAGAUCAGUCUGUGACCUCUAGGUGGACAUUAUCUGAAAGAGUCCGAGUUUUCAUUUCUAUUGCUAGUGCAUUGGAUUAUUUGCACUCUGGUUAUGAUUUUCCCAUUGUGCACUGUGAUUUAAAGCCUUCUAACAUUCUUUUAGACAGAGAGUGGGAAGCUCAUGUCAGUGACUUUGGGACAGCACGAAUACUUGGUCUUCAUGAGCAGGCUGGUAGUACCCUUUCCUCAUCAGCAGCUUUGCAAGGCACAGUUGGCUAUAUGGCACCAGAAUUUGCCUACAUGAGGAAAGUAACAACUGAAGCGGAUGUGUUCAGCUUUGGUAUCAUAGUAAUGGAGUUUCUAACAAAAAGAAGGCCGACAGGACUCUCAGAAGAGGAUGGUUUGCCAAUCACUUUGCAUGAAGUGGUGACAAAAGCCCUUGCAAAUGGAAUAGAACAACUUGUUGAUAUCGUGGACCCUUUGUUGACCUGGAAUGUUACAAAAAAUCAUGAUGAAGUGUUGGCAGAGCUCUUUAAGCUAUCCCUGUGCUGCACCCUCCCUGAUCCUGAACAUCGACCCAAUACAAAUGAGGUGUUAUCUGCCCUUGUGAAGCUUCAAACAACACUGUCUUGUUAAAUGAUAAACACCACCAAUCAAUCCUUGGAGCUGCUCUUUGUUAAGAAGAAAAAUCAAAAUGAUUCCCAAUUGCCACAUUAUUGUUGCCUUUAACAACAACAAAGUCUUAUCGUGUCCAUGUUAGUUUUCCAAUUAUGAUGAAAUGCACACAAUCUUUUAGUAAUAGAUAACAAAUUAGCAGGGGACUUGAAUUUUUAAUAAAUGUAUGGAAAUUAUCAGCCUUCCUUCACAA